GAGAUUGGUUGGUUUUCAAAACGGUUAAACUUGAAACUAGGCGGUUGUUAAAGGAUCAACAAGGCGUGCGAUGUCAACUGGCAUUUUUCACUGUAAUUAUCAAAGUUCUGAGUUUUUUAUUGUGUGAAUAAGUUUGAAGGGACUUGUUUCGACAAAACGUGAAGUUCUUUCUAAAUCCAGACAAAUUAGAGAUGUCAACUUCGUUAUCCAUACUUGCUACCCAUGAUGAAUUGGUGCGGUGCACCAAUGUCCUUGUCAAUGGAUCCUGUGAAGAAGAAUUUCUACGCUUUGCAAUUAACCAGGAAGAGAUGAGGCAAAAAUGGCUAGCAUCUGUGCAGGAAUGUCAACGGCUUCAUUCUGCUUUAGAAAAAUCUCAUUUAGAGGCAACAGAUCUGGAAAGAAAAUUGAGUCAUGCUCGAAGAUUACUUGACGAAGAGAAACGCCGGCGACGUAUUGUUGAGGAUCAAAGAAAUGCUUUGGAACGACAAAUUUCUAUGGUCCGUGAUCUCUUCCUCAUCGAUGGAGGUAGAAACUUGAACGAUGAAACACGGGAAAAGCUACAAUUUUUGAACAACACAACGUUAAAUGGUCGCAGUAGUAACAUACAUAUGAAAGAUCUGCAUAAUACCGAUAAGCUAAACACAAUUGCAGAAUUAGAUUCAACUGGAUCUCUUUUGAGCGAUAUGAGUUGUUUCUCCAAAUCUGAAGAUGAUCUAGAUACCAGCGCUGUUAUCCAACUAAACCAGAAAAAAAGGGAAUGGAAAGAGCACAGACCUAGUGGUGAAUAUUCGGCUAAAAAGCGACGCAGCAGCAUACAUAAAAAUGUUGACUUGAAUGUAUCGGAUCGGAUAGUAACCACUACUACUGUUGUCGUGCCUAAGGAUGGGCCCAUCACAGCUUCAUCUGUGAUAGAAGCUGUCCCUGGAAAUGAAAACACAGAUCCAAACCAACAUAGUUUCCAUAAAAGUCACAAGAGUGUAGAUCGCUCUAGACCCAAAACUUCACACGGGAAUGAUAACAACCCGUUGAUCAAUGUCGCUCCCUCUGCUCCAAAAGCAGAUAUCAUGACAUCCGGCUCAGACUCCGAAAGUGUAUUUAAGCCAAGCCCCAACAUUGGCGGGUAUACUUUGAACACCAAAUCAUCCAGAGGUCACAGUUUUACAGCUAAAACUGUCAUUAAACCAGAAAUCUGCACACCUUGUGGUAAAAGAAUUCGGUUCGGAAGGGUAGCUCUAAAAUGUCGAGAGUGCAGGGCUACUUCUCACACCGAAUGUAAAGAUCUAGUGCCGCUGCCUUGCGUACCUACUGGGAACACACCGACCCUGCGUGGGAUAUCUGGAACAAUAGCAGAUUAUACACCUAUGAUCCCACCUAUGGUACCCUCACUGGUUGUACAUUGCAUCAACGAAGUAGAAUUGCGUGGGAUGGGAGAACAGGGAUUAUACAGAGUAAACGGUGGGUCGAGCGACGUGAAAUGCUUGAAGGAAAAGUUUCUCAAAGGAAAGGGUGCUCCCAAUCUUUCUGAAGUUGAUAUACCAACAAUUUGUUCUACUUUGAAAGACUUUUUGAGAACCCUUCGAGAACCUUUGAUCACAGUUGGACUCUGGGGAGAUUUUGCCAGGGCAACAACUAUCGCUGACAAACAAGAUGCGGAUGCAGCCCUUUAUCAAGCAAUCUCCGAACUCCCACAACCAAAUCGUGACACUUUGGCAUUUUUGAUAUUGCAUUUACAACGAGUGUCCAGUAGCCCGGAAUGUAAAAUGCCCAUUAAUAAUCUGGCCAAAGUAUUUGGGCCCACUCUUGUUGGCUACAGCUGUCAGGAACUAUCCCCGAAUUCAAUGCUCAGCGAAACCAAAAGCCAAGUUGCAAUAGUGGAGAAUUUAUUAAAGAUCCCGUCGGAUUACUGGGCAAACUUCGUCAAUUCAGAAGGAUUGAAUGGAGUAGGAACGCCCAAAACUGGAGAAUUGAGACACACUCCUUCUACUGAAUCACUUCUCAAGCGAACAACGUCUCGAGGAUUUUUCAAUACUCCCAUUAGUUCGAGUCGGACGUUCAUGAGGAAGAAUAAGAAAUACUUCGCAACACCGCCGUCAAAAGCAACCCACUAAAAUGGUGAACUUGUAAUGAUUUUAAGAUGUAAUUCUAGUAUUUAAUACUAUUCUCUAGUUCACUUUUGUAAUUACCUAACAACCAUUGUGUAUAUUUCUCAAAUCAAGGCCUUUCGACUCACGUACACUUUUGAUUUGAUGAUAUUAUUAACUCUUAAUCGCACCGUAUUUUUUGUAGUUAGUAAAUCUAACGCAUAGGGUUAAUAUAACAAAGAAGAUGUAACACUGCAAA